AUGAGUUCUCCGCCACGUCUUCCUUUACCUCUUGGACCAUGUCUUGUUGCCAACACUGUUAGAGAAUCUCCUAACUCGUGUGACAACACUGAUGGGGAGUUUAUUGUCUAUCAAGGCUCACAAGUAACAAAUCCAUCAGGAGUAACUUAUACGCUUGUCGAUAAAGUAGGCGAAGGUCAUUUUGGAAAUGUCUAUGAGGUGAAUAGAAAUUCCGAAAACGACAAUAACCAAAGCUUCGCCAUGAAAAUAUCAAAGGCCGAACAAAAUUCUAUAGAACAGUUUAAUUACGAAACGCUAGUUAUGCAAUACAUUAAUCAAAAUGCACGUGGUAACAAUCAAUACUACAUUCCAUUUAUGCACGAUAAUUUUAUGUAUAAUGGACAUCUCUGCAUCAUUUUAGAUUUAGGUGGUCCAAAUCUCUACAAUGUCUUGGCCUCCAGGAAUUUUGAAGGACUCUCCCUUGCUAACAUACAGACGAUAGCUCGAGAUCUAUUCAUGGCUCUAGUGGCUAUUCAUCGAAUUGGAGUUAUUCACACCGACAUCAAACCAGAGAAUAUCGUACAAACUAAUCCGUUCUCUGUGCAUGUGAAGCUCAUAGAUUUCGGUAACAGCAUUACUUUAAACAAUACCUAUGAGCAAUACUUCCAAACAAGAUAUUAUCGCGCUCCUGAAACAGUUCUUCAACUGAACAUAGAUACAAAAAUUGACAUAUGGUCACUCGGUUGCGUCCUGUGUGAGCUCUUCCUCGGACUCCCAAUUCUGCCCGCAAUGAACGAAUAUCACUUGGUUAGCCUCAUCGAGCAGACAAUUGGACCGUUCCCUACGAACAUGGUGGAGCAGAGCGUAAGGCGCAACGCGAUGUUUGAUACUGACUAUACCGUCAAAUCUGCUCAAACAAUUUCCCAAGAAGAACCUGAUAUGUCAUUCGAAUCUUUCGAACCUUACUUCGUUUAUACGCAACUCAGGGAUAUCCUGGAGAAUUAUCCAGUCGAUUCGUCCUUCAAUGAAGAGAGAGAAAGAUUAGAAAUACAGAGAAGAGACCAGUUCAUUAAUUUGGUCAUACAAAUGCUCAAAAUUGACCCUGAUGAUAGAUUGUCGGCUGAAGAAGCUUUAGCUCAUCCAUUUAUGCAUCUUCAUUUCGAUUAG